AUGGCAGUCGAGGCUUCAAACCCGCUGCUCUCCAGCCAGAAAUCCUCAGAUUCGGGUCUCCAGGUAGCUCUCCAUCCCCUGGUUCUCCUCACCAUCUCCGACUACAUUACCAGACACACUUUGCGGAACCAAGAAGGUGCUGUCGUGGGGGCAUUACUGGGUCAGCAAAAUGGAAGAGAGAUAACUAUUGAGCAUGCUUUCGAGUGCCUUCUCGUCGAAGUUGAAGGCGAGACGUUACUACACAAAGCAUGGUUUGAAGAUCGAUUACAGCAAAUGAAGGAUGUACAUAAGGAUCCUCCAUUGGAUCUCGUUGGUUGGUACACAAUACUCCCCACCUCAGGGCCCCAGCCCGUUCACCUUCCCAUCCACCGACAGAUCCUUGACUCGUAUAACGAAUCUGCGAUUCUUCUGGGCUUUCACCCAACUGCCGUACUUGAAGGCCCAGUGGGUGGAAAGCUCCCUCUCACGAUUUACGAAAGUAACUACGAGGCGGAAGAGAACAAUGCAGAAUCCGAGGAGGACAAGGAGAUGAAGGACGGCGAGCCACAACUUAAAUUGAAGUUCAAGGAGUUGCCGUAUACUGUGGAGACGGGUGAAGCUGAAAUGAUCAGUGUUGACUUUGUUGCCCGAGGCGGAGGAAAUGCUACAGCUGUGGAUGCGGGACCUAAGAAACCGAAGGCAGAAGAGGCUAUUGGCAAGGGCAAAGCACGAGCUUCUAAGAGAAAAGACGAGCCUGAGAUUGAGCCUGCAAAGAUCAGCGAUCAAAAUAUACUUUCCCGCGAAGACGAGGAGCUCAUUGCUUCUCUAACGGCCAAGGCAAAUGCGAUCAAGAUGUUGCAUGCCCGGAUCAACUUAAUUGCGACCUACCUUCAGAACCUCCCACCAUCCUACAUCUCAGAUACUGUCCCCGAAGGCGUUGACUCUACUACAACGGAUCACACCCCGGUCAAUCAUGCGGUCCUACGAUCGAUCCAAGCACUACUUAGCCGACUGAGUCUCCUUAUCCCCGCAGACGCUGCCGCGUUUGAGCAAGAGCUCAGGUCGGAGGAGAAUGAUGUGAGCCUUGUCUCUUUGCUCAACAUGAUCACAAACAGUGUCAAAGAUGUAAGGGAGGCUGGUAGAAAGUUCGCCGUAGUUGAGUCCAGGAAGCAAACGAAGCUGAAAGGAGAUAGCGGAAGACCAAACUGGGAGGGUCCGAGUGGCCACGUUUUGGGUGUUGGAGACCUUCAUACAUAG